GUGUCGGAACAAUGAAACAAUAAUAAAUAAAACUCAAAAGACUGUACUAGCUCUCUGUUUUCUUCUUCCCGUUGUGUUUUUGGGCUUUCCUCUGUUUUCUCAACUACAUUUCUUUUCUCUCUGUUUUUCAUGUUUUGUAUUACUACUUGUUUUUUUGAAUCUUUUUAACUCUAAUUCAUAAUUAAUUCUCGCAAGUUUCAAUCUUUUUUAAAAACCCAUUAUCUUUCUUCAUCACUAGCUGGAAAAAUCACUUGUUAGAGGAGAAAGAAACCCUAAAGACCCUUAAACCCUAGAACCCAUUUUAGAAAUCAUUUCAAGUUCAUAUCUUUCCACUUGCAAAUCUACCCAUCAAACUUGUAUUUGUGUUUCUUGAGCUAUUUUUAAACCCCAUCAGUUAAUUUCAUAUCUAAAGCUUUUAAGAUUAUAAUCUUUAGCUUAAUCAAGAAAGGAACAAAAAAAAGAUUCGUUUUUUCACAUCCAAUCUUCACAAGACUUCAUUUUUCUUGAACACCUUUCAAAAUGGUUAGUGGUAAACCAAUCUUUCUCCUUUUCUGCAUAGUGUUGGUUUUUUCAGAUUUGUCUGGCGUAGCUUCCAAGUCCACUAUUGAGCCAUGUUCAAACUCAGAUUCUUGCAACUCUUUACUUGGUUACACUUUAUACACAGACCUCAAAGUCUCUGAAGUUGCUUCUCUUUUUCAAAUAGACCCAGUUUCUCUCCUCACAGCCAAUGCCAUUGACAUUUCUUACCCAGAUGUUGAAAACCACAUUCUCCCUUCUCAGCUUUUCCUCAAAGUCCCAAUAAGCUGUUCUUGUGUUGAUGGCAUUAGGAAAUCUGUGUCCACCCAUUACAAGACUCGACCUUCGGAUACUCUUUCGAGCAUUGCUGAUUCGAUUUAUGGGGGUCUUGUGUCGGCUGAUCAACUUAAAGAGGCUAAUUCUGUGUCUGACCCUUCUGUGCUUGAUGUUGGUCAGAGUCUUGUUGUUCCUUUGCCUUGUACUUGUUUUAAUGGCACUGAUAACAAUUUUCCUGCUAUUUAUUUGUCUUAUGUGGUGAAACCUGUGGAUACAUUGUCUGGUAUUGCGACGAGAUAUUCAACUACUAUCACUGAUCUAGAGACUGUUAAUGCGUUGGGUGGUCCGGCUAUUAAGGAUGGUGAUAUCCUAGCUAUACCGCUUUCUGCUUGUCCAUCUAAUUUUCCAAAGUAUGCCUCGGAUUAUGGCUUGAUGGUGCCAAAUGGAAGUUAUGCAAUUACUUCAAGUCAUUGUGUGCAAUGCAGUUGCGUUCCCGGGAGUCGGAAUUUAUAUUGCACGCCAGCAUCGUUGGCGGUUUCCUGUUCUAGCAUGCAAUGCAAAAAUAGCAAUCUCAUGCUCGGAAAUGUUACAAUGCAACAAAGUAGUGCUGGCUGCAAUGUUACCUCCUGUAAUUAUGGGGGAUUUGUCAAUGGAACUAUUAUCACUACAUUAUCUUCAUCUCUCCAACCUCGAUGCCCAGGACCACAACUCUUUCCACCACUUAUAGCUCCACCGACUGUAGUUGGCCCAAAUUCAUUAUUUGCUCCAGCACCUUCACCUAUUGAAUCUGGCGGCCCUGGAGCAACCAUUCCGAACACUGUGGUGCCGUCGACCGGGGCAGUCCUUGGAUACCCUCCUGCAAAUGGCCCAACAGGAAGCUUCUCAGGUAAUAGUAACUCGGGUGCAUCCUCUCUAGUGAAUUCCUUUACUAGAUUUCCGGUCGCACUCGUUGUGGCUUUGCUUUUAAAGGGAAUGUCAUCCUUCUCAUUGUAAUAUUGGUGACUAAUUAUCAUGUAGAUGGGAAGAUUUCAUUUUGGUUGUAAGUAUAGACCUGAUUAUGGAUGCGGCCAGAGUAGUAGUUUCUCUUUUUUCUGUAUGCUUCUUGCAUUUCUUUAUUCUGUAUCUCGAGACAGGAGUUUGUGUUUUAAUGUAUUCAAUGAGUAUUAUUUAAUGCAAAUGGUCGGCUGAUGGCUAAUUUUAUUGCA